AAAAACACACGUGGAAACAUCGGACGUUACUUGUCAGUUGUUUUCUGCGAGUGAGCGAAACUACAAGUUUUUCUACUUCUAUCAUUUGAAAUCCGAACAAGUAAAAGAAUGGAAGCUUCUAAUAAUUACUAUGCGUACCCGCUUAAAACUUCCCCUGAGCAGUCAGUACGGAUGUUUUUUGUUYCUAAUGGAUACGGUGGAUGCAGUAUCAAUACUAGUAAAGAAGCGCAUMRCUGCACCUGCAUGAGGAAAAAAGAAGUCAUAGAAUGCAGUACAUGUGGAAUGACUUUUCUCGGCCGCCGAAGAGCUCAGUGCUCCGUCCAUCCAGCGACCAUUCAUCUGAUGGAUCUUGCCAAUUGUUCAAAAUGCGGGGCUGCUCUUUAACAAUGGAAAGAUAGUACUCUAUAUUGUAUACGGAUUUCGGUUAUGUAUAUUCGGUUUUAGUAAUGUUAACUUGCGUGUAGAUACUAUAUCCUGUAUAUAAUAUUUCGGAGAGCAUAUGGAGGACGUCGUCUUCCCUCAACUAUAGACUUCUGAAGCUUUUACGUCACUACUUAAUUUACAAUGCAUUGUGGUAUCAUUUUCUAGAAAGAAAAAAAAAAUGCCAUUUGUUUUGUCCCAAAUGUAUCCUACCACGCAUUGCAUAUAUCUGUUACAUGUUGUAUAAACUUCAGAGGUCUAUUGAAUGAGAAAGAUGGAAACUUAUGCUCUCUAAAAUCAGCAAGUGAAGGUAUGAAUAUUCAAGAAUGUUUUUUUGCAGUAGCCUUUUUACAUCCAGACUUUCAAACUGAACUUUUUAAAUCGGUACUUGAGUUGUAAAUUAAAGAAAGUAUAUAAAAUCAAUAUUGUAUUGAUGAGUAUUAGCAAAAAAGGUGAAUAUAUUAUAAUCUUUGUUGUACAUAUUGAUAUUUUGGCAUUUGUUCUGUUAUUAAAAUACUAUCAAUAAUAAUGUUUAUGUAAUUAUCCAUGAAUGAUUGUAUGUAAAUAUAUUUAGCGAAUAAACACAA